CUUAGAAAGGUGGGUGGAGAAGCUGAAACAACUUUGGGGACCCUGGGGAAAUGUUCAUAUCGCCUGGACUUCGAUUCGAACAGACAGUCCGGACACUACCCGAAAGAUCCACAUUUGCUCCCAGGGUGGACCAGGGCAUGGACAUGCACCAUCAGACAAAUCCAGCCAGAUGCCAUGUAAUUUCGGGUCGAGUAUGCUAUCGAUUCGUUAGGAACGUAGUAGCAUGAACUUUAGCUGCCUCUAGUUCCCUGUCCAAUACGGUCCAUCAUCAAAUAAUCCUGACGGUUGCACACACCGGCUCAGACGCUUAUGAAUCGCUUGCCACCAUAUGGUGACUAAACAGUGGUAAUUUCGGCUUCCAUGGUCCCUUUCAGUGGUUCAGAUGCCUCGCCAUGGGAGUCAUGGCUCGCAAGGUAUCCCACAAAGAUGUCCUAAUUUGCCCUAUAAAGCCCGCGUCCCGGCGCGAGUCGAACCAGUAGAAGCACGUUGGAAUUCUCCUCACAGGCUCAAUCUCUUUCACCAUGUCGUUCAAUCCCAACAACGUCGAUCUCGAUACCGCGGACCCGGCAGAAAUCAUCUGCUACCUCAAUGCCUCAGAAAACGACUAUGAUGGGCGCUUAGGCGCUCGUGUAUCCGCGAUCUUUGUGAUUCUGAUUAUCUCAAGCGCUGUUACAUUUUUCCCCGUACUGGCAAAACGAGUUCCCCGCCUUCACAUCCCACUAUACGUCUACCUCUUCGCACGGUACUUCGGUGCAGGUGUCAUUGUGGCGACGGCCUUUAUCCAUCUCUUGGAUCCCGCGUAUGAUGAAAUAGGACCGGCAUCUUGCGUCGGCAUGACCGGCCACUGGGGGGACUAUUCUUGGUGCCCAGCCAUCGUCCUUACCUCUCUCAUCGCCAUCUUCCUCCUCGACUUUGGCGCGGAGCGAUAUGUGGAGGUCAAGUACGGAAUCUGUCGAGAGGACCCGGAGCCUAUCAUGACCAGCAUAACGGAUAACAACUCGCGUACUGCCGCCGUGGCUAACCAAGCCCCUAUUGAGAAGGAAGCAAAGCUUGAAUCGCAAUCUGUCAAUGACUCGCUGACGGAGAGAUCAUUCAAGCAGCAGAUUGCUGCCUUCCUGAUCCUAGAGUUCGGUGUCAUCUUCCACUCGGUCAUUAUCGGCUUGAAUCUCGGUGUUACCGGUGAAGAAUUUUCCACUCUAUACCCAGUCCUGGUCUUCCACCAGUCUUUUGAGGGAUUAGGUAUUGGCGCCCGCAUGUCGGCGAUUCCCUUCCGCAAAGGCAGCUGGUUACCCUGGAUUCUGUGCACGCUGUAUGGUUUGACUACACCAAUUUCCAUCGCAAUCGGACUCGGAGUCAGAACCACCUACAACUCAGGCUCCUUUACCGCCAAUGUGGUCUCGGGGGUUCUGGACGCCAUCUCCGCUGGUAUCCUUAUCUACACUGGAUUGGUCGAAUUGCUGGCUCGCGAUUUUCUCUUCGAUCCCCAUCGUACUCAGGACAACAAGCGACUGGCAUUCAUGGUGAUUUCAAUGCUUUGGGGAGUGGGUUUGAUGGCACUUCUUGGCAAGUGGGCCUAGAAAAUGUAUCGCAUCGUGGCGCAGGAAAUCGGUUCUGCGUUAUCCAGAUGCCCAGUCUCGAUGUCUUCAUUCUGUGGCUGUGCAGUUUCUCUGCAUUUUCCACCAGGUUAUCGUGUUUUAGAAACUUAAGUGUCUGAUUUAAUACUCUUGUUUUGCCUGUCCUUGCCUUGGCGUGGUGGACAACGCUGCGCCUAAUC